CAAAUGGCUGACAACAUUUUUAGAGAAAUCCGUAAUUUUGAAUAAAUGACUAGAUAUUUUUGCAUAUUUAAUUAAAUUUUAACAAAAUGUCGGUCCAAACGGAAGAGGCUAAUGUCAACAAUGCAGUUGGAAAGCUUGACGAACUUUCUAUACGAAUGAGGCACAGUGAUUUCGGUUUUAAAGAAAAUGAUGUUAAGAAUAUUGAUAAAGUCAUUGAAGCACUUCGUGAAUUGGACAGAGCAAGAUUAAAAAUGCAUGACAAUCUAGAAACAGAAACUAUAAAAGCCAGUGUUUUAAGGCACAAAUUAUUAUUUUUGCCAGGACAGAUUAAAAAAGAAACUAUGAAUGCUGUAAACUCUGCUCAUCAGUCCAAUACAGUAGCUUUACAAGAUUUAAAGAAUGAACUUGAUACAAUUAAUACUAAUAUUAUUACCAUGGGGAAACAUCAACAAGAAUUAGAAAUUGAAAAUUCAGAACUUCAUCCAGAGAGAGAAAUGAUUCGUCAACAGCAUGAAGAAAUUAUAUCUUUACUUAAUCAGCGUUUAGCUGAAAAAGCCAGUAUGCAGAUCACUUUGAAUGAAACAAGAGAUAAAGUCAGGUGUGCCAAUCAAAAUAUAGUAGAUUUAGAGGAUGGUAUUUUACAACUGAAAGAAGAUUUAAUUCAGGAAAGAACAGAAGCUAGACAAGAAAAGAAGAGAUUAAAAAGAGCAGUUGCGGACACAUCUGAUCAAACUAAAGAACAAACAGAACUAAAUCUUGACAAGAAAAAAGAAUUAGAUGUGUUACAAGAAAAGUUGCAAGAAAGUAUUGGUAAAUUAGAUGUUGUUAGAAAGAAAAUCAAGCGUUAUGAGGUAACUAUAAAAAAAUUAGAGAAAGAAGAGAAAAGGUUAAACAGUCAGUUACAGAAACAACUAGAAAUGAAUCAAGAUCUCGUUACUAAAGGUUUAUCUAUAUCAGAAGCCACUCAUUGGGCUCAUGAAGAAUUUAAGGAUGUUAAACUAGAAUUAACAAGUAGAGUGAAAAGGUAUGAAGGAGAUAUAGCAAAAGAACUUGCUAGAAAUGAUGAUUUUACAGAAAGAUCCAUUGUAUUACAAAGAGAAAUUGAAGAAAAAGAAGCGGUAAAAAUAGCUAAUACUGAAAAAGUUCGAUCUCUAGAUAAAAUAUUACAGUCAGAUAAAUCUAAUUUAUCUAGAAAAGCUCAAGAAGUAGGAAGAUUACAACAAGAAAAUGCUGAUAUGGAGGAAGAGAUAGAAAAUAUUAGAGAUUCCCAUAAAGCUGUACAUGCACAGUUAAUGAAUCAGAUAGAAGAUUUACGCGAACAGUUAGAAAAAGAAAGAAAAGACAGAACUGAGUUACAAACCAAGAAAGAUUCUAUACAUAAAUGUUUAGAGGAGAUAAAAGCCGAAACCCAACAGAUUUUAGUUGGUGUUAAUCAUAAGAUACAAGAAGGCAAAACAAAACAUGUAGAAUUAACUAACGAGGGUACUCAUUUGCAACGUGUAAUUCGACAAGAUGAGGUUGAGAUAGAUAAACUACAGGGUGAAUUGGGUGAGAUUACAAAUGAGUAUGAAGGAAUGUUCGAUACACUACAGUCUAAAGUUUCAACUGUUGAGGAAGAAGUUACCUCUAUGGAAACAGAAAUAGAAGAUAAAAACAAAGAGAUCGAGGAAAGAACGCCUAUCUUUUAUGAAUUUGAGUCUUUCUUUCAAACCAGAACAGAAUUAUAUGAAAAAACAAAGAAAGAUAUUGUUGUGAUGAAGACAGAGAAGAAUAAUCUAGAAGAGGGAAUCAGAAAAGCAAAGAUGGAUAAAGAAAAGAAAGCAAAACCACAGGAAAAGCUGCGAGGUGAUUUAAAAGAGAAACGAGACUAUUAUAUGAAAUUAUUACAUGAACAAGGGGAGGAAACUCAACAGAUUGAACAAGAGAUCUAUUUAGAAGGCUGUAAAUUAAAAACAGUUCUGGAAGAAAAUAAUACAUUUGACGAGGCCUGUAGAAAGUUGGAAGAGGAAAUAAAAGAUAUAUUUGAACAAAUGGAAGAUAAUGAUAAAGUAAAAGAAGAAUUAACAGAAAAUCUGUUAGAUAGUAGAGAUAAACUAGUUAAAUGUUGGGCUGAAGAUAAAAAUAUGCAAGAGUUUUUUGGAAGUCGAGAUCAACUAACCAUAGAUGCAUUUGGUGAAAUAUUAGCCAGAACUGAAAAGCGAGAGGUGAAAAUAGGAGAGGUAUCAGAAAAGUUAGAAGAUGAGUUAUCUGUUCUGUCAAAAUUUCUGGAUAAUGUAGCGAGACGUCGUCCUAAAGAAUCUCGGGAGAGCAAAAAACCACCAAGUCGAGCAGGAAGUCAAAUGUCUCAAAGCCAUCCUAUAGAAGCUGUAGCAGAAGCAAAUCUAAAGAGCGCAAGCCUGAAGUCAAUAACGACAACCCCUCGGUCACAAAAGUCACCAACGACCCCUCGGUCACAAAAGUCACCAACGACUCCCCGGUCACAAAAGUCGCCAAGGUCAGAUUCCAAGAGCCCGAGACCAGUUAGUAGCAUCCUGAUCAAUCAGUGUGAGAGUACGUCUGGACUAACCAGAUCUUCAACAACUUUAUCUAGUCACUCUAGAAAAUCUGCUCGAUUCAGUGAUUCCCCAUUGCCUCCUAUUGCUAGAAAAGAAUAGGUUAUGGAAACUGCUUAAUUACAAAAUAUUGUAUUGUAGCAUUCCAGUAGACCCUACAUGGAAAUACCUCAUGUUCAGUAGCAAAUGCAGGAGGACUGCACCACACACAAGAAUUACCUAACUAGAAACUGAUGUAUGCAUGUAAAACCUAUAUCUGUGAUAUUUCCCAUCCUGUAAUGUAUUAUAUAUUAUUUGUUUAUGGUAUAUUUAUGUAAAUAUGAUUAAAUUACAUAUCUUA